AUGAAGGCCGCAAAGAGGAAGCGUCGGGCAAGCAGCAGGCCAAUCAACGUUGAUGCUAGCGAUGAUGAGGAGGAGGCGGGACCCAGUGGUAGCAGCAAAGCAAUUAAGCAAGAGCCUGGCGACGACGCAACGCAGGCCAUCGUCAUCAAGGACGAGUCGGAUGAGGAGGACAUCAAGCCGCUCAUCCAUGCGCCACAGCCUCUCCGCGCACCACGCACUCCAUCACCCCCGCCCCGCCAAUCGCACACCCACCAGGAGCAGAUCAUCAUCGCGGCAGAAGAGCAGGAUAGCCAUGAGUUACCGCUGGAUGUCGAGCCACGAGCCGAAGCUCACAACGCCAACUUCGCCAACACGCCCGACGCCGAGCCUCCUCCCGAAGACGCGGACGCGGGUGCCGUACCUCGCGAAGAUAUCCCCUGGCCCGAGCCAUUUGAACGCCUUGAGGAAAUCUUCAAGGCUCUCAACACAGUCUACUCCUUCUGCUCCGCCCGCAAGCACCUCGCUACCACGUUCGAUACCCUCCGCAGCAGCGUCGAGAAGCUCGUUGGUCGCGAGCUCGAGGUACACCACAUCGCACAGCUCAAGUCUCUCCUCCCCGACCUCAUCAACUUCGCCUACGUCGACUCGGAUGCCCUCGAGGUGCAUUUGGACGCGCACAAGAGCGAUGCAUCCCGGCAGAAGCGAGCGGAACAGGAUGAGAUCUACGAGGAGGCGGCACGCGCUGUGAGGGAGGAAGGGUCAACGUACGAGGCCAGCCUGGCACGGCCUAGCGGGGCGGGUAGCGAGGUGCUCCCCUCCGUGGCCGCCCUGCAAGCCGAGUCGUCCCGCAGCACGCACACUCGCGGCGACGACUACGUGCUGCUAUUCGAGUUCAACGAUGGCACGCUACAAGGAGCAAAGGCUACGGCGCGUGGGAGGAGAAGUAUCGGGAUGAGACGCGGACCGAACAGGGACGCCAACAAGAAGCAACCGCUACGUCGCCUCUACGACAUUCCGUCGACCUCCUCGAUGAAGAAGCUGAUCGACAAGCGCAACGCCAAGUUCGAGAGUGCCGUCUGCGAGCUCCUCGCUGCCUGCCAAGCAAAAGGCGAAGACUCGGUCGAUCUCCUCGUUGCCGCAGCAAACGAUCACGUUCCGCUCAACCCAGAGACGGCAGAACGACCCAAGGGCGAGACGCCGAGGAAGAAGCGGAUCCGACUCGACUACCUUAUGAACCAUCCCGAUGAGCGUCCUCCCAUCAAGGAUGUCAUCGAUGAGUUUGAGGGAGAGCCGUGGUGGUGUGAUCAGGUUGUGCCAGGAGGCAGGAAGACGAUACCGGCGAGAGAGGCGCGAUUUGAUGGGUUGACGUUUGUGCUUACGCAGGAGCUGGUGAAUGCGCUCUGGGCGACGAGGAAGAUUGAGGAAUUCUUCCUGCAUCAAGCGGAGGCACUCAAUUACCUGGACGAGGGGCUCAACGUCAUCGUCUCCACAUCCACCUCCUCGGGUAAAUCCCUCAUCUACCAAGUCCCCAUCGUUCGCGCUCUCGAGACCGACCUUAACUCGACGGCCAUGUUCAUCUUCCCGACCAAGGCCCUCGCUCAAGACCAGAAACGUUCCCUCGAGGACCUCAUCUCCUCUCACGUGGGCCUCGCAGAACAAGGCGUCAUGGUCGCCACCUACGACGGGGACACGGACAAGGAGCUUCGCCUCGACAUCCGGGACCGGGCCAACGUCAUCUUCACCAAUCCGGACAUGCUGCAUCAGAGCAUCCUGCCCAACGAACACCACUGGCGGCGCUUCCUGCGCUCGUUGCGCUUCGUGGUAGUCGACGAGCUUCACACGUACAAUGGACUCUUUGGCGCGCACGUCUCGCUAAUCAUGCGGAGGCUGAGGCGGAUGUGCAAUGCGCUGGGCAAUCGUGGGGUGCAGUUCAUCUCGUGCUCGGCUACGGUUGCGAAUCCGCGCGAGCACAUGCAGACGCUCUUCGGAAUCACCGACGUCCAAGUGGUCACAGAGGACGGCUCCCCCUGCGGCGCAAAGGAGUGGCUCAUCUGGAACCCGCCUCUCAUCGACGAGCAAGACCCCAAGCAAGGACGCGUUUCAGCCUACGCCGAGGUAUCCAAAAUCUUCCGCCACCUCGUCUCGCGCGGUGUGCGCACCAUCAUCUUUACCAAAGUGCGACGGACGUGCGAAAUUGUCAUUUCACAGAUCAAGAAGGAUCUCCUAUUGGAGCACCGGCAUGAUAUUGUAGAGAAGGUGGCGUCCUAUCGAUCUGGGUAUUCGGCGCAGGAUCGUAGGAAGAUUGAGCAGGAUAUGUGGAAGGGCUCGCUCCUCGGCAUCGUAGCUACCUCUGCGCUCGAGCUCGGAAUUGACAUCGGCUCGCUGGACGCAGUCAUCAUGCUCGGCUUCCCCUACUCCAUCUCCUCGCUCCGCCAGCAGUCCGGCCGAGCAGGUAGACGUCUCAAGGACUCGCUCACCGUCCUCUGCUGCGACCCGUUCCCCAUGGACCAGCACUACGCCCGCUUCCCCGAGGACGUCUUCGAGCAGCCCGACUCGGCGCUGAGCGUCGACUUGUCCAAUGACUUUGUGCUCGAGGCUCACCUGCAGUGCGCCGCCGAGGAAAUGCCACUCCAUCUCACCGACGAUGCAGCCUACUUUGGCCCUCACCUCGCCUCCCUCUGCCGCACACGCCUUGUACCCGACGACGACGGAUUCUACCAUUGUCGCAGCGAGCUACGCCCCAACCCAGCGCGCCAGGUGGCUAUCCGCGGUGCCCGCCAGGUGACGUACAGCUACAUCGAUGCGACGCCCGGUCGCGGCUCGCGCGUCAUGGAGGAAGUGGAGAUCGAUCGAGCCAUCUUCGAGGCUUUCGAGGGAGCUGUCUUCAUGCACCAGGGGCAAAGCUACAUCUGCAAGGACAUCAGUCACGACAUGCGCAUCGCACAGAUGGUGCGAGCGGACGUCAACUUCCAUACACGCCCGCGCGACCACACCGAUACCGACGCGACCGAGACGCUGCGUAUUCGCGCUCUGCGCGGCAGUGAGAGUCGGGCAUACUUUGGGAAAGUGACGAUCACGACGCACGUGUGGGGUUACUUCAAGGUGGACAAGCGAGCCAACAUCCUCGAUGCGGUAGAUGUCGACUGCCCGCCCUUCGUGCGGCACACGCGUGGAUUUUGGCUCGACGUGCCCAUGUGGGUCGUGCAGUGCUUGGUUGACGAAGGCAUCCAGGCAGCUGCGGCCAUCCAUGCGGCGGAGCAUGCCCUCCUCUCCCUCACGCCCAUGUUCGUCGUCUCCCUCGCCGGCGACGUGAGGACCGAGUGCAAGCUGGCGCUAAAGGAGCGUGUGCUGACGAGCACAAGGAAACGGCCUGCGCGACUCAUCUUCUACGACUUGCCCGGGCAGAAUGGCGGUAUCUGCGAGAAGAGCUUUGAGCAUUUAGACGGGCUGAUCCGCAUCGCCGUAGCGGUCAUCGAGGCGUGUGGAUGUGCAGAGGGAUGUCCAGGAUGCGUGACGAGCCAGACGUGCGCGUAUGCCAAUCAGGUCACAUCCAAGGCUGGCGCCCUCGCCGUGCUGCGCGCCCUCAUCGGCCUCGAGCCCUUCGUCCGCCAAGAUGGCGCCGCCGCAGCCGCCGCCUCGCCCUCGAGCCCGCAGCUGGGCAUCGACGAGAACCCGCUCAGCGCAACGAUUGCCGAAGCCCCCGCAGUGCCAUUGGCUAGCGAUGCGACGCAAGAAGUGGAAGAGUACGACGAGCGACUCCCGCCGAGCUUGGAGGAGAAUCUACGGCGUUUGGAAGGGUUUGCCAGGAUGGCACGCGAUGGAGAGGUGGAUCAACGUCCGGCGAUGGGCAAGAGUCUGCUUUUCAGUGAGUGA